AUGGAUACACACAAAGCCGAUCUCUUAAAAGAGAAAGAAAACGAGAAUUUAGAGGACGAAGCUAGAGUAGAGAUAGAAGUGAAAAAGUUACAAAAAAUGGAGAAAAAGAUUAAUGUGUUUGUGAUGUGUGUGAUCUUCUUAUUGGUAGGCUCGUCGUUGAUGUUGGGGAGAGUUGAUUGCAGAGCCCUACGAUCGAAGCUGUUGAGAGAUAUCAAUGGCCAAGAUCAAUCGACGGUGGCCAUGAAGGUGAAGAAAGCCUCGAGCAGUCAAGGUGCUUUGAUGAGGAGCUAUGGUUUCCGGUUAGCAUCUGGGCCGAGCAGAAGAGGACGUGGUCACUAA